AUGUCCACAAAACGUGCAGGUCAGCGAUCGGAGGCGACACCCGAGGCGAGAGCGGAGGCACGAAACCUCGUUGCUGAGCCACGUAUCGGCAUCUACGAGGGUAGGAGGCGGCUCGCACUGGAACGUUGGCUCUCUGAGCCGCCAGCACCAAGUCACAGUAGCUUGCAGAACACAUUGAACGCCGUUUUCAAAGAGCCGUGGCGGACACUGGAAGAGCCGCCUCCGCGAGUUUCUUUUCUGUGUCGAGUAACCAGCGUCGUAUGGGAUAUUUUCGUCGCUCUUUCUGCUGGUGUAAUCUGGAUAGCAGAUGCGAUCUUGCUACGUGUCCUGCUUGGUGCGCGUCUCGUGUCCUCAACCAGCACGGCAGCGCAAGCGGCGUUGCGCAGGAGGCAAACAAGGCUUGAGCGGCAGCGUCUACUGGAACGCCUUGGUCAGGCAGAUUCGUACUCCUCAUACUAUGAAACAGCGGCUCAACUUGACUGGCUCGAAGGUCGCAGCAGGUGGAAAACAUCGCUUACCGAUGCAUUCCAGUUGUACGAUCGGAAGGGUCUCAUGCGGCAAUUAUCCCAACUAAGUGCACUAUAUCGACAGGGCGACAUCCAGCGACUCAUGUUCAACUUGCGAGGCUGCUUGACUCGAGAUUUUUGUGGUAUUCACCGGGCGGAGCUUCACAGGAGAUGUCGAGUUGGAACGAAACGUGAAGUGGAAGACUUUGUGUACGUUGUUAGUUGGCUGUUGGAGUAUAUCGCGACCACCGAAGAUCCAACAGUUUCCUGGCGGGAACGACUGGAAUUCUUCAACCAGGUUCGUCAUGCGUACGGCAAGUCGGCACUGUUGCUUUCGGGUGGAAGCACCAUGGGUCUGAGCCAUUUUGGCGUCCUGAAGGCGCUCCAGGAGCUUCGGCUUUUGCCACGAAUUCUCUCAGGUGCGAGCGCUGGAGCUUUGGUCGUCGCGUUCGCUGGUGUAUUCUCGGACGAGGAGCUCAUCGAGUGCUUGGAGAGCUUCCGAAACCCGUGGACUGGUCGACCAUUGCGCUUCGAAAUAUUUGAUCCGUCGCUGUCUUGGUACCGAGCCAUGCGGCGAUUUGCCAAACGAGGCGUACUCUUCGACAUCCGGCGUCUUCAAGGGUGCAUGCGUGAGAAUCUGGGUGAUCUUACUUUCCAGGAAGCGUACAAUCGCACCAAACGUAUCAUCAAUAUGACCGUGACGCCGGCGUACGGUCCACCAGUGCUACUGAACUACUUGACGGCGCCAAACGUUCUCGUAUGGAGUGCUGCUUGUGCUUCGGCGGCGUUGCCGUUGAUAUUCGCUCCGGUGGAGCUUUUCGCGAAAGAUGAAAGGGGCAGCAUUAUUCCGUAUCACCCGGAGGGAUUCCAGUGGUCGGAUGGAAGUAUCAGCGCAGAUAUACCGUUACAGCGCAUUGGCGAAAUGUUUAACGUGAAUCAUUUUAUCGUCAGCCAGGCAAACCCGCAUUUCAUUCCGAGAGGGAGUAUGCUGAUGAAGGCUCGCCUCAUGCAGGCCAUCAAAGCGGAGUUAAAGUUUCGAUACAGCCAGCUGGAGGGCCUUGGGCUUGUGCCUCGAAUUUUUCGCAUGACGAUUUCGAUUCUGACGCAGCCUUUCGAAGGCGACGUCACUGUUCUGCGGGAUCUCAGUCUGGCAGAUCUCCGCAAACUCUUUCGGAAUCCCACGCUUCAAGACAUUCGGGCCGCGGUUGCCCGCGGGCAGCGGCUCGCCUAUACGAAGCUGGACGAAAUCCAUCACAACUGCUUGAUAGAGUUCACUAUCGAUGAUUGUAUUGAGUACAUCGGACGCCGUUUCCAGGAUGCUGCCACUGCAGUGGUUACGCCCAGAUCAUCCGCAGAGACAUCCAGCACCAGCCGUUUGUUUCCCCGAGUGCCAAGCUGGCUCUGGGCUGAUUUUGGCAGCUUCGGUGGCGGUUCUGCUAAUCGGUCACCGCCGGCGAGUCCGAAAACUCGCGGUGAACGCCGUGUACACCGCAUAUCGCUAGGGCACGGUCAGCGACACGCAACUGAUGCCACGCUGGAGACCAUUCCCGACACGGAGGCAGGUGAGGAAAGCGCCUGCGACGAGUCCUUUCACGUCCGACGAGCGAGUCCCGACAUUCGCGCUUUACAUUGGAAGCCGGCCUCCUCGUCCAUGACCUGCAGAUCGCCUCCGCGGCGGAGCCACAGUGCGGAAGUUUUACACAAGUCUGACGAAUACCUCAGGAUUUCGGAUUCACUGGACAAGAGACAGCCUCACGGGGAGGAGCGGUCAGAGUUUCCGAGCUCCGAGCAGUCACCAUCAGAUAGCGCGGAUGAAGAUGAACGGGUCAUGUGUUGA